AUGCCUCGUCAAACAUCAAGACUACCAAAGAUGAUAUCAUCUUCUAGGUCAACUUCAAUCGUGAAAAAAUCUGUUUCUUCUAAUUCAUCUCCCACAUUUAAUACUUCAGACAUACUUCCCAAACCUAAUGAAGGUGAAUAUUAUGAAGAUGAUGAACAAAAAACUACUAAUACUAAUACUACUACUUCUGUUAUUACAAUUACUACUGUCAAACCGAAACUAACUGCUCAAACAGAAAAAAUAUCAGAACAAAAAUCAUCUAAUCAAUUAAAGCCAAUGUUGAAAAAAACUAUUGUAUACAAACAAGCACCAUCAUUAAAUUCAUCAGAUGAAUAUUAUGAUGAUGAAAUUACAGAAACUACAUGGGUUAUUAAAUUAGGUGAUAAAAAUGUAACCGAUAAAGAUAUGCUUGAUUUUAUUAAUAGUCAAAUUAAUGGUGGAACAUUGUUACAAAAUAAUUCGACAAAACUUAAUACUACCUCCUCAGAUAAGAAUAAUAGAGAAACUGAAACAUCAUGGUUUUCAGUACCUGAAACAAAAAAUAUGAAUGAAAAAUGGAUUUCUCAAUUCCUUGAUAAUGAUAAUGAUAUAGAUAUAUCAGGGAAAAAUCGAUAUGGAAUUGCCUCAAGCAAUACAACACGUCAAUUAGUAUCUAAAAGUUUUUGGAUUUCUGAUGAUUUUGAAAAAGAAUUAAAAGAAAUGGACUUUUUAGGAAUGUUACGUAAUUCAACUGAAUUAAAUGAUAUUAUCAAUAAAAAAUUGGAUUUCUCUUCAUCAUUUAGCCUCAAUGACAAUUCAACUACAAAUAAUCAAAUAAAUUUAGAACUUGCAAUCAAUAAGUUACUCUUGGUAACAUUAUGUCUACAAAUCAUCCCAUAUGAAUGUCAAAUUAAUGUUGUUACUAAAGAAGUUGGUAACAGUGCUUUGUCCAAUGAAUCAACAAAUACCUCAUCAAUUUCUAAUCCCGUGAAAUCAGUUUCACUUCAUUUUUGUCGUUCAGCAAGAGGGAUUAAUCAGUCUGAUCCGAACUCUGUACCUAAGAACACAAGUGAUGUUAGAUGUAAUAUUCCAAUUGCACAUUUAAGUCCAAAAGGUCAUGAGCUUAAGUCUAUAUCCAUUAAUUUUGACGCUAAAUGUUUACCGAAACCAAAUCCAUUAUUGCAAGGUGAAAAUGUCAUCAAAGUUGUCGGACAUUCACUACAAUCAAAUGUAAUCAAUAUGAGAAAUGAAACAAAAUAUCAUUCAGCAAACAUUACACAUACAAAAUAUGAUCAACCUGUCAAUAUACAAGCAGGUUCACAAUUCGAUUUCCCUGUGGAAGUAAAUCCUAAAUCAGUUUUAGACCUCUAUUCUGAUAUGAAAAAGAAGCGACUUGCAAAGCGAAUCGUAAAAAGAAAAAAAAUAAGAUAUGGAACACGCAAAAGAAAACGUAUUCGUAAAUCAACAUCCAUGGAAAAAAUAAAAGAACAUUUACAUAGACGAAGAUGGAGAAUUAGAAGACGACGAAUAGGACCUCGUACGUCCAAAGAUCAUCUACUUUGGUAA